AUGUCUGCUACUGUGUCCUCCACUGCCGCCGCCGUGGCCAAGACUACCGUCAGCGCUGCUAAGGCUUCGCUCAAGGCCAAGAUCGCUGCUGAGAAGAAGGACAUGACCGCUAGGUCUCUUCACAUGGUCUACGAUGACUGGAUUGGUAUCGCCAUCCUGUUUGGUAUCUGCUGGUUCUUCAUCAUCCCUCGAUUCAUCGCUCGUGUCCGAGCUCCCACUACCCCUCGAGGCCACUCUUUGACCCGAGGCUGGUUCCUCCGCAAGGGUACCGACAAGUCUAUCGACGGCACCGCCAGCGAGAGCAGCUCGCAAACGGCCACCGAUGUCGGCGCCACCACCACCCCUCCCACUCACGUCAAGCCCCUUAUCUCCUACAUCCCCGGUGGCUCCACCUUGUUCUUCUACCGACCCUUCCAAAACUUGCGAUGGGGCUUCAAGUCCUUCGCCAAGAUGUACGACGUCUACCUCCUCGCCCUUUACCUCCUCCUCGUCUGCUUCACUAUCGCCUGGAGGUCGCCCCUCAAUCUCACGUCCUCUACUUCUGGUUACGCUGCCGACUACAAGAGGUCUGGUUACGUUGCCAUUGCCCAGUUCCCUCUCUGUAUCGCCCUCGGUGUGAGGAACAACAUUUUUGGCUACGUUACUGGCAAGGCCUACGACAGGCUUAAGAUCUACCACAAGGUUACUGGUAGAAUCAUGUUUGCUGCUACCAUCUGGCAUGCCGCCUGUUACCUCUACAAGUGGGUCCACAAUGGUGUCUUCUACAAGAACUCUGCCAAGCAGUAUGCCAGGUUUGGCUGGCUCGCUUUCGGUUCUUUCCUCAUCAUCAUGUUUACCUCCUUGCCCUGGGUCCGAAACCGAUGCUACGGUAUUUUCAAGGCCGCCCACGUCAUUGGCUUCAUCUUGAUGCUCGUCGGUUUGGGCUUCCACGUUGACCGAGAGGUCUCUGUGCCCAUCACCGUCUCUUCCGGUGUCAUCUACGGUGUCUCUAUGAUCUGCUCCCUCACCAAGACCAGGUUCGCCUCUGCCGAGAUCGUUGCCCACCCCGGGUCUGAUGUCGUCACCGUCACUAUCCCCGCCCUCAAGACUGGCUGGAGAGCUGGCCAGCACGUCCGUCUCCGUGUCCCUGCUACUGGCGGUGUUCACUUCCUCGAGGGUCACCCCUUCACCAUCGCCUCUGCCGCCGACACUGAGGGUGCCGUUCUCAUGAUCAAGAACACUGGUGACUGGACUCGAAAGCUUUACAAGCUCGCCGCCAAGUCUGCUGGCGAUGCCGAGGCUCCCGGUGCUCCUCUCAGGACUACCGUCAUCGUCGAGGGUCCUUACGGUGGUAUGGGCAACACCCUUCCCGAGUCCUUCUCUUCCGUCCUCGCUGUCGCUGGUGGUUCUGGUAUCACCCACUCUUUGGGUCUUGCCAGCGAGCUCAUCAUGGCUGCUCCUUCCGGUGCCGUCCGACCCAGGACCGUCGACCUUGUCUGGAUGGUCCGAACGACUGCCAUGGCCCGACCUCUUCUUCCCACCAUCCACCGAUUGGUCAACGAAGCUCGUGAUUGGGAGGUCAAGUGCCUUGCUAGCAAGGAGCAGACUGUUCAGCCUACCGCUCUCCGAGUCCACGUUCACGUCACCCAGGCUGCCAACGCCGCCGACAUUGACGUGAUGAACUUCCACUCUGUUCCUGCUCUUGAGAACGAAAAGGUCAGCGUCGACGCUCCCCUCGCUCCCUCCGCCGACGCUGCCGAAGGAAACGUCACUCCUCCUGCCCUCAGCCCGGCCGAUGAGGUCGACCCCGAGAAGCUUGCCUACAUGACCAACCACCCCGGUUCCAACUCUCAGCUCGCUUCCACCGUCCUCUCUGGCGUUGUAAUUCACCCUGGACGACCCCAGGUCGGCACCUUUGUCCAUGGUAUCGUCGACGAGACCAUCUCUCGUCACGCCGAGACUGGCGCCAAGGCCAACGGUGUUUGCGUCGCUGUGUGUGGUCCCGAUGAGCUCCUUAUGGACGUCCUCAGGGCCGGCUGGCAGGUUGAGCAGUCCAAGCAGAAGGCUUGUGGUGGUUUGGAGGUCGAGGAGGAAAGCUUCGGCUUCUAG